AAAACAUCCAAGAUGUCCGCCUCGUAGAAAACGUGUGCUGUUACAGUCAUGUCUGUUAACGGAUAAUAAUACAAAAUCUCCAGCUUGUAUUUAUAAAGAUUUUCUAGCAAAGUUGUCAGCGUAGCUUGGUGACAGUUUACGCGCUGUCAGUCUGUCUGUCUGUCUGAGUAAACUGAUUAAACCAGGUUUAAUGAGAAUAUCGUAAGUACAGACAGAAUGGCAGGACUUACUCUAUUUGUGCGGAAUUUACCCUCAUCAGCGUCCAGUGAUCACCUGGAGGAAAUCUUCUCUGAAGUAGGACCGGUGAAGCGUUGCUUUGUGGUCAAAGAUAAAGGCUCAGAUCAAUGCCGUGGUAUAGGCUACGUCACGUACUCCAUGGAAGAAGAUGCUCAGCGUGCUCUCAAAGAAAUAAAAGAUUAUGACGGGAAAAAAAUAUCGGUGAUUCCAGCAAAGAAAAAAGUUUUUGAAAAGAAGAAAGGGAAGAAGAAAACAGAUGAGCAAAAAACAGAGAGUCCUGAAGAACCAUCAGAGGUGAAAAGCCAGGAGAAGUCACAAGGCAUGAGGAAGAAAAAGAUGAAAGCCAGGCUUAUAAUCCGAAAUCUCAGUUUUAAAUGCUCUGAGGCUGACCUCAAGGACGUCUUUGCAAAAUAUGGGACAGUGCUGGAAGUUAAGAUCCCUCUAAAACCAGACGGCAAGAAACGAGGAUUUGCCUUCGUCCAGUUUAAGAACAUGCUGGAAGCAGGAAAAGCCCUCACAGCAACCAACCUGAAAGAAAUUAAAGACAGACAGGUCGCUGUAGACUGGGCCGUGUCUAAAGACAAGUUCGUUGCUAAUCAGCUCGGCUCGACGUCAGGAGGUAAAAAAGAGGAUGACUCAAAAGAGACGGAGACUGAUGAAGAGGAGGAGGAGGAUGAGCCUGCAGAAACACAGUCCAAAGAACGGCCAGAGGAGAACUCUCACAGCGAGUCUGAGGAGGAGGAGGAUGAUGAGGAGGAGGAGGAUGAUCACAGCAAAGACAGUGAGGACGAAGAGGAUGAGUCUCUGGAAGCAGACAGCGAUGCAUCAGAUGACGAGGAUAUGGAUGACGAUGAUGAUGAUGAAGAGAAAAAUGCCAAGAAAAAACAGAAAAAAUCGAAGAAUCUUCUCCCUUCUGAUGUGAAUGAGGGAAGAACGAUAUUUAUAAGAAACCUGUCGUUCGACUCUGAGGAGGAGGGCAUAGAGGAAGUUCUUCUGCAGUUCGGUGAACUCCGAUACGUGCGGGUUGUGGUGCAUCCUGACACGGGACACUCGAAAGGCUGUGCUUUUGCUCAGUUCAAAACCAAAGAGGCAGCAGAGAAAUGUCUAGCAGCAGCAGAAACAGAGUCUGAGGCUGGCGGUGUGAGGGUGGACGGGAGGAAGCUGAACAUCGUGCUGGCAGUGAGUAGAGAGGACGCUUCCAAACUGAAAAACAAGAAAGAAAAAACUCAUAAAGGCUCCAGGAACCUCUACCUCGCCAGAGAAGGCUUGAUCCGUGCUGGAACCAAAGCAGCAGAAGGAGUUUCUGCAUCCGAUAUGGCCAAGAGGGCGAGGUUUGCAGAGCUGAAGAAGGCAAAGCUGAAGGACGUGAACGUGUUUGUGUCUCAAACCCGUCUGUGUGUUCACAACAUUCCCAAAAACGUGGACCGCAAGCGGCUUUUCAAACUCUGCCUGUCCGCCGCAGGGGGAGGAAAGGGUGUCCGUAUCAAGGAGUGCCACGUGAUGUACGACAGGAAGCCGGUGCGUGGCGAGCCGGUCGGUCACUCACUAGGUUACGGCUUUGUGGAAUUUCAGGAGCAUGAUCACGCCCUCCAAGCCCUGCGUCACCUUAACAACAACCCCAACAUCUUCACAGCCAACAAGAGGCCCAUUGUGGAGUUUUCUCUGGAGGACAGCAGGAAGUUAAAAAUGAAGGCUGCUAGAGAGCAGAAGAGCAAAAUGGCGUCCGCCUCUGACCCCAGGGCCGAAAAGAAUAAAGUGAGCAGCGUCGGAUCUCAGGAAGACGGAAGUAAGCAGCCUGUGCAGAAAUCUCCUAAAAAGGCAUCUGCUCCAGUUCAGCAGUCAGCAGGAGCUCAGAAGAAUCAGGGAGCUCAGAGCAGCCAUUACUCCGGCUUCAGAACCGCACCAGAAGUCGAGCAUGUUGAACUGGGUGACGGCAAAAAACGCCAGAAGAUUCUUCCCAUGCCUUCACAUACCGGACCUAAGAUCAGGAAACGGGAUAAAGGUAAACACACUGCCCAGGUUAGGAAAGUCAAGACGGUCCCCAGCAGGAAGGAGAGAAAGGGAUUUCCCUCGAUGGAGAAACCCAAUCAAAAUAAGAAACAGGAUACUAAACCAGUGAAGAGAAAGUUCCAGAGCAGAGAGGAUGACCGCUUUGACCGCCUGGUCGAACAGUACAAGAAGAAACUCACAGGCAGCUCGAACUCUAAGGACUCUCUAGUCAAGAAGAGCAAGUGGUUCAGCUGAAAGUGGAUGUAAAUAAUUGUGUGUGUAUGUGAGUGAGAACAGGCCAGAGAACCAGUGAAUUUUACUUGCUGUCUCUGGUGUGAUGAGUUUUAUGUUGAAGAUAUAAAAAAAAAAAAAAAGUGUACAAAUAAUAAUACCAUUUUUUUUGUUCAGCCAUUUUCCAUUUUUAUGUUGUUUUAUUUUUAGGUGUAAUAGAAUACACCAGUGUAUGGAAAAUAAAUAUUUGAGUACA